CCUUGGCAGUGGCGUGGUCGUCGUAUCGGUCCAUCGCCAUGCCCAGAGCCGAGCCCGCCGAUGGCGGCGGUGAUGCGGCGCGCGAUUCCUGGGGCCUGCCCGGCGUGGAGGCCAUCCCCGGGCCGGCCGCGGUCGCCGUGGUCGCCGCCUCCAAGCUGGCCGUGGUGCGCGACCUGGCGGCGUGGUGCCGGCGGCAGCAGCUGCCGACAGUGGAGGAGGACGAACUCGUGAAAUUCGCGCACAGCUGCGACUAUGACUUGGACAGGGCCAAGAAGUGCGUCACGGAGUUCCACGCGUGCCGGAAGAACACCCCGGAGCUGUUUUCCGGCUGGGACACGGAGCUCUCCAACAUGAGGUCCAUCUUGGAUGUGAUUCUGGUGGCACUCGUGCCCCGAAAGACGCCGCAGAACUGCCGCGUCCUGGUGAACUCGCUGCAGACGUCCAGCACCUCCAACUACGUGUUCGCGGACGUGUGCAAGGCGCUGCUCAUGGUGAUGGAGACCAUCUUCCUGACGGAGCCCACCCUGGACGGCCUGGUGGUGGUGCACGACAUGGGCCAGGCCAGCUUCUCCCACUUCAUGAAGUUCGGCUGGUCCCUUCCGCAAAAGUUUAGCAAUUACACACAGGAAGCACUCCCCCUGAAGCAGAGCACCAUGCAUCUGGUGCACUGUUCGUCCUUCGUCGACAAGGGCUUGAAGAUGAUGAGCCACAUCGGCAAGAAGGAAGACAGGGACAAGCUUCGCGUGCACCCCGGCAAGGACUACUCGGCGCUCCACGCGGAGAUCCCCCGAGACUGUCUACCCAGCGACCUGGGCGGCACCCAGCCCAGCAUCGCCGAGCUGCACGAGGCCACGGUGCGGCGACUGGCGGCCUUCAGAGACGUCUUCAAACAGCGGCUGCCUUAGGUCUCCGCGGCCGUCGGCACCCACCACGUCCAGUACAAAUAACAC